AUGGCUCUGACAAGGCUUCAGUUACAAAAUCAAGCACAGAGAUCUAAUGAAUCCUUCAAAGAGUAUGCUCAACGUUGGCGCGAAAUAGCGUCUAGGGUCCGACCAGCACUAUCUGAUAACAAAGUGGUAGAUAUCUUCAUGGGUACACUUCAAGGGCUGUAUUAUGAGAAGAUGAUCGACAGUUCGUCGACAAAUUUAAUUGAUAUGGUAACUAUUAGGGAACAUGUUGAAAAUGGGCUGAAAUCGGGGAAGAUCACAAAUACAACCGCUCCGCGGACAACGAACAAGAGGCUGCAUGGGGGCUUCGCAAAGAAGAAAAAGGGGGAAGCAAAUGUUGUGACGCCGAGUGCCCGCCCCCAAUAUCAAUUUCUGAUGGCCCCUAUUCCGUACUAUCUAUAUCCAUAUGUCGCUGCCGCUCAGUAUCAACAACCGCAUUCCAAUACCAACCACAGAAAGAGUGACAAGAUUCUGGUACCGUAUGCAGAAUUGGUUCCUUAUCUAUUCCAUGUGGGGGCUAUCAUACCAAAAGAAAUACCUGCGGCUACUCAUCCAUUCCUCCCUAAGCAUGAUCCUAACGCUUCAUGCGCUUAUCACGCCGGAUUCAUAGGGAAUUCUACAAAAGAUUGUUGGGCACUCAAGUACAAAAUCCAAGAUUUGAUCAACCAAGAGAUCCCGGCCUUCUCUGAAGAGAAACCUAACGUGAAGACGAAUCCUUUGCCGAAUCACGGUGGUGCAGCAGCCAACGCUGUGGUCGAAGAGGAAACUAACGAAUCCAUACUAAGGGACGAAGAGGUGAAGACUCUGAUGUCAGUUAUGUUACAGAGACUUGAGAAGUUUGACGGUUGCGACAAGUCGAGGGUUUAUGUACAAGAACUGAUUGACCAGGGUUUGAUGCAGUUCUCUAAGUCUAAGGCAGCAGAAGAAAUGGUCGUAAUUGAACCAAUAACAAUUGUGUACAGAAAAAAGAAGGUUGAAGCUCCUUCCAAGAGGAUUCAGCCAAUUCAUUUCCGGGUUCCCAGUCUAUUUCCGUAUCAGAACACCAAGGCAGUGCCUUGGAAUUAUGAGACAACAACAUAUUUGAGAGGAAAAGAAAUUUGUAUUCCUGACACUGAAAUUGUCAACAUCGCUGGAGCGGGAGGCAUGACUGCAGUGGCCGUGUAUUCUCUCUAA